AUGAAAGCAUGGAACGUACCCAUUGCGUACCGAAUGUUUAGGUAUGCUCUCGAAGGGGAUGCCAGAGAAUGGUUAAAAAGCGUAACGAAAGGGUCAAUUGUUAGCUUUGACGACCUCAAAGAAAAAUUUAGAUCCCAAUUCAGUCAACAGAAGAAACACAAGAAAAUCCACGUGGCGGCCCACGGGAUAAGACAAAGAGAGACAGAAAGCUGUAGAUCAUUCAUCGACAGGUUUACCACCGAGACAGAGGAUAUAGUGGACCUCGCUGAAUCCCAAAGGAUGUUAGGACUAAUUCAUGGCCUCCGGUACAAACCACUGGUAGAGUUCCUAUAUAGGGACCUUCCAAAUACUUAUGAACAGGUCCAAAAGAGAACGCAUGUAUUCUUAGAUGCAAGGGAAAUAGCUUCGAAGGGGGACAAUAGCCCCCCACAUGACAAGGAGGCUUCAGCAAAAAGGGGAAAAUGGGGAAAUCAUAGGGAAAAACCUAAAUAUAGCCCGUACCAAAAGGAAGAUAGGGGAUUCCACAAGACUAUUCUACCAGAACUGAAUAAAACCCCAAAAGAAAUCCUACUCACCGAAAGCGUGGCAAAGAAUUUCUCCACACCACCCCGAUUGAACCCAAGGAGCAGAAGAGACACUUCCAAAUACUGUGAGUUUCACCAGGAUUACGGUCAUGAUACUAACACCUGUUGGCAACUAAAGAAGGCCAUAGAAGAAGCUAUCAGCGAAGGAAAGCUGUCACACCUGGUUAAAAGUGUGAGGCAGCAAAACCCCAAGAAGGAGGAUGAACAAGGAGAAAAGAAAAAGGGCCCAGAAAAGACUAUCUACACUAUUUUAAAGAAAAAACCAGUGGAAAGGCGCCCACUCCCAAAGAUGUACCGGGGCGAUGAAAGCAAUAUAUCAUUUCCUUCAACAUACAAGGUCUUCCGUGACCCACUGUUAAUCACUGCCAUCUUGGAAAUAUCAAAAGUUAAGGAGAUAAUGGUAGACACAGGGAGUGAAUGUAAUGUGCUAUACGAGAAAGCGUUCUGGAAAUUACAUCCUGUGUCACGAAUGAACCUCAAGAGGACAGAAACUUCGGUACAAGGGUACUCCGGAGAAACAGGUAAUCCCAUGGGAAAGCUAUCAGUUAAAAUGACUAUCAGAGAGGGAAGGUGGAAGCGAACUGAGAAAAUCAGUUUUCUGGUAGUCAGUGGAACUUCCCCGUUUCAGGCAAUCUUGGGAAGACCCGGGAUACAAAAGUUUGAAAUGAUCCCAUCCGUCAUUCAUGGCAUGAUCAAGUACCAAUCGGACAGAGGCAUUGGAACCUUAGUAACAAAGAACAAGAAGCUAUCCGAGGAAGGCCAGGAUGGACCCCAUUACCUGACAUGGAGCGAAGGAUCCUACCUAGGUCGUAUGGAUGGAUACUAA